AUGAGUGCAGCCUGUCAAUGUUUCACAACUCCUACUAUGACUGUACCGAACCUGAAUGUCGGCCGUCGCGGUAAUCACGUGAGACUGACUCCUGGACACCGAAGAGUAUCCCUGCGUGCUGUCCAAGAGGGAGAGAUACGGAAGGGGUCAAUAAAAGAAAUACCUGAAAUACACGCCGAGCUACCUUUUGCUCCAGAACUGUGGACCACGUUCUUUGAGAAGUACUGGCAGAAAGAGCCGGUGGUCAUACGCGGGGGUCUGCCGACUGAGUUAUGCACGCCAGUCGAUAACGACGAGCUCGCUGGACUUGCAUGUGAGACGGAGUUCAGACCACGAAUAAUCAGGAAAGGAGAUGAGGGUCCAUCGAGUUGGUCCCUACAGAUGGGUCCUUUCUCUGAGGAUGAACUUAAGAGCCUUCCGUCUGAUGGGUCUUGGUGUCUAUUGCUCAACGAUUUAGAAAAACACGUUUCUGAGUUCAUGGAUGUACUUAACCUGUUCGACCGCUUUCCACGUUGGCGCGUGGCGGAUGUUCAGGCGAGUAUAUCUAGUGAAGGUGGUAGUGUUGGAGCACAUUCUGAUCAGUUCGACGUGUUUCUUAUUCAAGGAACUGGCCAUAAGCGAUGGUCAAUUUCAGACUGUGCAGAGUACGUGCCUGACAACGACGAAGCUUUCUUCCCAGAUGCUGAGGUGAGGGUAUUGAAGAACUUUCAACCACAAUCUUGCAGCUUACUUAAGCAGGGCGACAUCCUUUAUCUUCCUCCGAAAGUUGCUCACCAUGGUGUGGCUGAGGGCUGUAAGACGAUUUGUACCACAUUCAGCGUUGGGUUCCUUGCGCCUGCGCACGAUGAGUUGGUGCUUUCCUACGCUCAAGCUUCUGUAGACACUCAUGACGGUUCACAACGCUGGCGUGACCCAUGGCUGAAACCCCAAGAACAUGUCGGCGAAAUAUCGUCAGAGGCAGUAGCUCAGGCCGCCGAAAUCAUUCGGCAAUCAAUGCCCAAGAAUGAUGCAGAAAUUGCGCGCUGGUUUGGGUGUCAUGCAACUCAAAGUUUUGGUAUUGACCCUUCAGAAACGAUACCAGCAAAGGACUUGUCUGCUGAUGAACUUGUCGUCCAAUUUGCUGAAGAGGGUUCGUUGCAACGCCGUGCGGAUGCAAAGUUUGCAUUCGUGCAGGAAGUCAAGGAUGGUAGUCUAGAAGGUGGACUGUUCUUUGCAGCUGGAAACAUGUGGCCGUUGCAAUCAGCUCCAGGCAUGGAACUCGCUCGCCACAUUGCAAACUAUGACGAAAUUAUCGCCGAUGAUUGGAUAGAAAGUGGCGAUGCAGCUGAGUAUGACAUGGAUAGCGAAGCAAAAACACUCUUGCACGAUCUGUUUAGCAGUGGACUCAUCUACUUUAGUUAG